AUGGGUUUACCUUGGUAUCGUGUUCAUACUGUUGUACUAAAUGAUCCCGGUCGUUUAAUUGCUGUACAUUUAAUGCAUACCGCUUUAGUUUCUGGCUGGGCAGGUUCUAUGGCUUUAUACGAAUUAGCUGUUUUUGAUCCUUCUGAUCCUAUUCUUGAUCCAAUGUGGAGACAAGGUAUGUUUGUUAUACCGUUUAUGACUCGUUUAGGAAUAACAAAAUCUUGGGGCGGUUGGAGCAUUACGGGUGAAACUGUAAAUAAUGCAGGUAUUUGGAGUUAUGAAGGUGUAGCUGCAGUACAUAUUGUAUUAUCAGGUUUACUAUUUUUAGCAGCAAUUUGGCACUGGGUGUAUUGGGAUUUAGAGUUAUUUCGUGAUGAACGUACAGGAAAACCUUCAUUAGAUUUACCUAAAAUUUUUGGUAUUCAUUUAUUUUUAUCUGGAGUUCUUUGUUUUGCAUUUGGAGCUUUCCAUGUAACAGGCUUAUUUGGCCCUGGUAUUUGGGUAUCCGAUCCUUAUGGAUUAACUGGAAAAGUACAACCUGUUGUUCCAGCUUGGGGAGCUGAAGGUUUUGACCCUUUUGUUCCAGGAGGGAUAGCUUCUCACCAUAUUGCAGCAGGUAUUUUAGGUAUACUAGCUGGUUUAUUCCAUCUUAGUGUUCGUCCUCCUCAACGAUUAUAUAAAGGAUUACGUAUGGGGAAUGUUGAAACUGUUUUAUCUAGUAGUAUUGCUGCUGUAUUUUUUGCUGCUUUUGUUGUUGCUGGAACUAUGUGGUACGGUUCUGCUGCAACUCCAGUAGAAUUAUUUGGCCCUACUCGUUAUCAAUGGGAUCAAGGUUUUUUUCAACAAGAAAUCGAUCGUCGAAUUCGUGCUAGUAAAAGCGAAAAUUUAAGUUUGUCAGAAGCUUGGUCUAAAAUUCCAGAAAAAUUAGCUUUUUAUGAUUACAUUGGUAAUAAUCCAGCUAAAGGUGGAUUAUUUAGAGCGGGUGCUAUGGAUAAUGGAGAUGGAAUAGCUGUUGGAUGGUUAGGUCAUGCUGUUUUUAAAGAUAGAGAAGGACAUGAACUUUUUGUUCGUCGUAUGCCUACUUUCUUUGAAACUUUUCCAGUGGUUUUAGUAGAUGAAGAAGGAAUUGUUAGAGCUGACGUUCCAUUUAGAAGAGCGGAAUCUAAAUAUAGUGUUGAACAAGUUGGUGUAACUGUUGAAUUUUACGGUGGUGAACUUAACGGAGUAAGUUUUAGUGAUCCAGCUACAGUAAAAAAAUAUGCUAGACGUGCUCAACUAGGUGAAAUUUUUGAAUUUGAUCGCGCUACUUUAAAAUCAGAUGGUGUUUUCCGUAGUAGUCCAAGAGGUUGGUUUACUUUCGGUCAUGCCACGUUUGCUCUUCUUUUCUUCUUUGGUCAUAUUUGGCACGGUGCUAGAACUCUAUUUAGAGACGUUUUUGCUGGUAUUGAUCCAGAUCUAGACGCACAAGUAGAAUUUGGAGCAUUCCAGAAAUUAGGAGACCCUACUACUAAGAGACAAAUAAUCACUAGAUUGAUUUAA